AUGUCGCUCUCCAACAGCGCAUCCUUUAUCGAGCCAAUCGAUAGCUCCGAUUCCGAGAUCGACUCGCUGCCCUCUUCCUCUACAGUAUCGACCGCGGACGGCGAUGAAUAUAUAUCAGACGCUGAGCGGGAGUGGAGAGAGUCUCUUCAGCAAUUGGAAUUGAUGUUGACUAUGAUUGUGGUGCCGGUCAUGGGAAAGUACUUUGGGAGGAAAUGCGCUUAUUGGGCUUGGGCGAGGUUUAUGGAAUGGAAAUACCCUGUCGAGAUUGUUGUUACAAGUCCAAAGCUGUUCAAAACCACUGGAGCAAUCGAGGCUGCCGCGUCAUUAUAA